ACAAGAAUAAUGCUGUGCCCCGCACGUAUGAGAGAGAAGAGACGGAUAUGGCUCGCAAACCAAGUUGGCGUGUUUUUCGUUCAUAAUCCUCAAAUCUAUUUAAUCCAACAAUCUUGGAUUGAUAGAUACGUUUGUCAAUAAACACACAAGGAGUGGAAGUGAGUACGAUGGCGGGUGAAAGCCAAUGCAGGGGAGAAUAUAUGGGAUCCCAAAAAAAUUCAACUUCGCAGAAAUAUUCUCGUUCCAUGUCGAUCGCAGGACUCCAUGCAAAGCAUCAGCAAGAGCUAGAAAAUUUGAUGCUGACGACCCAACCUACAAAAACAUUAAAGCUAUUCAUUCUAGCUGUCAUACAAUAUGUCAGGCGAUCAAUAUCAUACGUUUUGUCACACAGUGGCAGGCUUAUGCUUUUGAGUUCCAUUGUUAUUUUAGCGGUGGUACUUCUUGUGACUAUUGAUGGUCCUCAUGAGAAGCAUGUUGAGGAAGUUCUACAUUAUAUACAGUUCGGAUUAUGGUGGGUGGCUCUUGGUGUUGCAUCUUCCGUUGGUCUCGGCUCUGGGCUGCACACAUUUGUGCUCUAUCUGGGACCCCAUAUUGCGUUAUUCACUAUAAAAGCAAUUCAAUGUGGCCGAGUUGACAUCAAAAGUGCUCCAUAUGAUACCAUACAAUUAAAAAGAGGCCCUUCAUGGCUUGGCAAGGAUUGUGCAGAAUUUGGGCCACCAUUGUUUUUGUCGUCGCAUGGUGCCCAGAUUCCACUUAGCAGCAUAUUGCCCCAGGUCCAACUAGAGGCAAUUCUCUGGGGCCUUGGGACUGCACUUGGCGAACUUCCCCCAUAUUUUAUUUCAAGAGCAGCAAAGAUUUCUGGUGGUAAAGUGAAUGCCAUUGAAGAAAUUGAUGCUUCCCCUGCCAAAGAUAAUGGAUUCAUAUGUGCCCUAUGGAAUACGGUGGUGUGGUUCAUGCUAAUGAACCUUUUUGUUCAGAUUGUGAAUGCAACUGCACAAAGGUAUCUUAAAAAACAGCAAGAGAAGGACAUAGCUUUUUUGAUGAACAAGUCAUCAAAACAUUCUGAUGACACUGAUAAUUCAUCUGGAUGAAAUUUAAAAUUCAAUUUUCCUCUUUUUUAUUACGAUUAGGAGUAGAGUUUAGUGUCAGCUAUUCGUCAACAUUGAAGCCCCUGGUAGUUUAUGCAUCUGUGCAAGUCCCCAUUUGAUACUUCAGGAGAAAACAGAGGUAGCAUGAUCAUUUGUUCUGUGUAAUCUGAGACUGAGGGAGGUAGAUAUAUUUAAGGGGAAAUCAUAAGCCAUUGUUAACGGUUUGAGGUCUCAAUUUUAAACUCUGUGAUGUUUUUUGACACA